AUGCUCUUCUCUUGCCUCACCGCUUCCUCGGUCGUGGUCGCUCCGGUUCCGCGGCGCGCGGCGCUCGCGAUCGGCACUGCCGCCGCCUCGCUGCGGCCACAGGCCGCGUGCGCUGCUGUGGAAGCAGGUGCAUCGCCAGCGAGCGCGAUGACGCUCGGCACCAUCCUCGAAUCCACAUCGGCACUGCCCGAGACGACCCGCGCGCCGGCCUCGCUCGUGCUCCGUCCCGAGUACGGCAUUGAGAGCGCUGACGUCCUCUACCCCGAGUGGGCGCUCGGCAGGUGGGCCGCUCGCUCGACGCUCAGAAGCGUGCUGGCGCCGGCCGGCGACGAGCUCUUCUCGCCGGGCCGCAACGGCACCGAGGCGCUGCGGCGAGCGCGGCUCGAGGCGGGCACCGCGCUCGAGUACCCUGUCAAGUGGAUCCAGCCGGGCGGGCGCGUGGUGGUCGACCGGGAGUACAACGUCGCCUCCAUCUCGCGCGCAACCAUGGGCCCGGAGGCGGUGCAGGACGCGCGCGCCGACGGCCCCGACCACCUGACGAUGGUGCUGCGACCUGCCGGUGCGCCGUCGGGCUCGCUCUUCAGCGCGGACCUGCGGGUGGUCGGCCGGAGGACGGACCCAUACCCGCUCGCGGAGCGGCCUAACUUCUUUGCAUGCGCUGAGACGACGCGGCAGACUGUGACGACCGUCGCGGGCGAGCGCGCCGCGCCCGGACCGCCACGCGCGCCGCUGAUCAAGGAGAUCGAGACCAUCUGCACUUACGAGCUCGACUCGCGCGACAGCAGAGUGAUGCGUGGGCAGCAGCGCACCGCCUCCUUCCUCGUCCCGGACGCUGGCUACACGGGCGACCCGAGCCUCGCGGAACUCGCGGCCUCGCGCCUCGCGCGCGCGCCAAACGGCCGUAUCAUGGCCGUCGACGUGCGAGUCUACGACGUGACCUACACGAGAUUGGCAGCCAGAGCCAAUUCCUGA